GCUGCUGGAUGAACAAGUUCCUGGAAGACGGGUGACCAUUGCGACGAAAGAAAACAAAUAAGGGCGGUGGCUCGAAUCAAGGCAGGUUAUGAAGUGGGAAUAAUCCCGGUCCAUCCCUAUCUGGGGUGCUUCUUGAACGUCCGCAAUCCCCCAAUAAAAAGGGAGCCCAGCUCGACAGUCAAUCACACUUCUCGUUCAAGUUGAACCAUCACCACCAUCUGCAAGGAUCCAGGAGAAUGUUGGGCAAUCAAAAAGGUUCAUCGACCGUCGUCUUAUUGGCGGUCGUGACUCUGUUGAGCUGCUGCUGCAGUCCGGCGUCCAGUUUCGCAUUCCUUCCUCGCGUCUCCCGUACAAAAGAUGCCGUCGUCAUCGAUUUUGCCGGUGUAGGCUAUGCUCCCAUCUCUUACGGCAAGACGUUGUACGGCCAAUUUGCCAAUCCUGGAUUCGUCCCGCUUCCAUCAGUUUACGGAUGGCCCAUGCCAUUCCGUUUUCCUAGCUUCAUUUCUCCGUCUGCAAAGCAGAUUGAUGGCGAAUAUGAGGAAUACCUUGACGAUCCGCUGACGCUGAAACAAACAGCACCAAAAUGCGGCACUGGACCGGCCACUAUGCCCACCACUAAGAACUUUGCGACUGAAAGGGUCGAUGGUGGAACCGAUGCCAAAAAGGGUGCUUGGCCUUUCAUUGUUGCCCUGAAAACCGGCGAAGAUAUAUUUUGCAGCGGAACUUUGUUGAGUGACACUAAAGUCCUACUGGCGGCCCAGUGCCUGGAAAAAAUGUCUAUGUAUGAAUUGUCGACUGUGACCGUAUUGGUUGGCUUUCAUGCAGCUGAUCUAUCCGACCUCCAAAUGACGAGGAGGAUCAGCAAAGUGGUUCUUCACGCCCGAUACAACGCCUUCACCUAUGCCAAUGACAUCGCCAUCAUAACAUUGGACUCCCCCGUGGUUUUAUCCAGGACUGUUGCCACCGCUUGUUUGCCAGCGGCCAGUACCGAUGCCGACCAAUUCGUCGGUGUAGAUGCUGUUAUUUUGGGAUGGGGAACGGCUGACGGAGAAGCCACCGGAAAUCUCAAACAAGCCAAGACUGCGAUUUCGUCCAACGACGAGUGCAGGGCGGAUACGAACUUUGGUAAAUAUGUUUCGGCCAGCACUACCUGUACCACUACUGGCCCUGCAUUCACAUGCGCGGUUGACGUCGGCGGCCCAGUGGUCACCCUACCGACACCAGGCACCUGGACCGUAGUCGCAAUCAACAGUUACACCAAGGAUUGCGCCGCUGGUGGCCUUAAAACCCAAGUGGGUUCGUUCAGGACCUGGAUUGACCAAUACAUGUAAUAAAAAUGAACAACAAGGAUAACGACGACGACGACGACCAACACGGAACGACACGAUCAUGAAAUUCGAACUCUUCUUUUUUUAGUUAUAUUGUUUCGUUUAAUUCGGUUUUGGCUAAGUAGCAUUAAUUAUUUCGAGCCAUGUUAUUUAAAAAAUUCUGAAUAAACAGUAGCCCCAGCAAGCAAA